UAUUUCCUUGCAGCUAAAUCACGUACCAUUGCCGUCCGGCUCAUCAGUAUGGCCAUGACUGGUUACUUCCGGACGCUAGUGCGGCCUCGUGCAUCCCGCCCCCUCAGCAUGCUCAAGUACGACCCUGUGGUCAAGCGGCAGGUCUUGUUCCUGGAGCAGAAGAGAGGCGGG